CGCUCCUGCCCUUAGGGGCUCUACACAGCAACCGUGCUUAAACAAUCAACUUCAUCCUAGCGAGCUCAUCAAACUAGCCGUAGUUUUGAUCGAUCGUGUUUCGGAUCUGUCAAACAUUCCUGUCGACGGGUAUCACUUACCUGUUUCUACAUAUUGAUAUCUGUCAUGUCGCAAGAUCCUGAUUCUCAGCUCUCGCAAGGCUCCCUUGCCCCUCCUGCAGAGAUCACCGGCCCCGCAACGCCCAUGCAACGUGCAAGUCUAUCUGCAUCCCCAGACCUGAGUGUAGGCGCUGGAAUCCCGGCAUCACAUUCCGACCAGAGUAAAUCUUUAUCACCCUCGCUACCUUCAUCUGAUAUGACGCCGCCGCCAUCAUCACAAAUUCCCGGAGCCCCGCGCCAACGGUCAAGAUCUACUUCGAGCUCCUUGCUAGCUUCUCCUCCCGAUAUGCAAAAGACCCUCUGUGUUGCCUAUGGCGCCUCAGAAAACCUUCCCACUGCCGAUGAUCUCGAUACCGCCGAUGAGUCGAAGCUCCGAGCAAUGGCUAAAGACCUGUUGAGUGUUGCCCAAGAGGCUCGCAUGUCGGCUCUGCACUUCAAGCUACAAAAUAGUCUGCUAUCGUUUACUAGUAACGAAGCUAUCAAGCGUGCCGAGGUAGAGCAUCAGCUCGCUAGAAGAGAGGUCGAGAUCAUUCAGAGCUCUGAGUAUCGAAGCCGUCAUUGCCAACCUGAAAUCAAAGCAGUGCAGCAGAUUUCUAAUGUGGAGCUAGAGCUUGCACUUAAGCGCAAUCAAGAGCUUGGAAGAGUAAAUGCCACACUUGAUCGGCGGUUGCGUCGGGCUAAGAAGCUAAUUGAGCAAGAGAAGGAGAGGUCAGACCUUCUUGAGGAAGAAAACAAGUUGCUGAAAGAGCGUAUCAGAGACAACCGGAAGCAUUUCUCUCAGAUGAUUGAACAUGGUCCAAUGUCACCCAGCCCCCAGAGAGAAAUGCAAGCUUCUCAGAGGAGGCCUGUACCUCACUAUGUGGAGCACGAUGGCCAUCAGAUGAACGGUAGCGAUAGCCAUGACCCGUUUGCGCAACUCCUUGCUGCCGACCGUGUCCUCAAUCGAGGAUCACCGAGUGUCACAUCCACACCACACCGGAACCGUACUUAUAAGCAGCAUAAUGAUGGCCAGAUGCGUGGAAACCACACACUCGCCUCCGUUCCCGUAACACCGUCUCGUGCUCGGAUGGCCUCUGGAGGGAACCAAUAUAACACACCGGGCAGGGAGUCUCAUGAUAGCCACCGUGAUCGAGACAGCACUAUAUCGGCGUCCGACAUCGAGGAGGCUGAAACGGAGGAAGACGUCCCAGCAUCAGAGGCUGGAGCUCUUGCUAGCAGCAUGCUUCGUCCCCACGCUUUCAGCAACCGUCGUGAGAGCCGAGGCAUCGCGAAUGCACCCAAGUCCAGCACACUGUUGCAGACCAAAUUGUUUGGCCAAGUGAGGAAAUCAGGUGUUGAGCGUCCAUCGACUGGUCUUAAACGCAAGGCGAGUUUUGAUGGUGCGUCUUCGAAGAAAAUGAAAGCGGAGGAGAGGGUGGGUCUCGGCAUUGACACCUGGAAUAAAUAAGCAUGACCCGUGCACAACCAUGGAGCGUGUGUAUCACGUAUACCGGGCUUCUAGCUGUCUAUCUACUAUCUACUUCCUCACCGCCACGACUUCUAGUCGCAUAUCACUUUUGCGGGUCAAAGCUGGUUAUGGCUGGAUAUGCUUGCUAUUCAAAGCGGGUGCUGCUUGGAUCUUG